AUGGGCAAGGACUGGGCACUCGGCUUGUCUCUUGCAGUCCCACCGGCCAAUGACGCAACCAACAACCGUUUUGGCUUUGUUGUUGAUGAUGGAUCAUCAAGGAGGAUCAUCAAGGAGGAUCAUCAAGGAGGAUCAUCAAGGAGGAUCAUCAAGGAGGAUCAUCAAGGAGGAUCAUCAAGGAGGAUCAUCAAGGAGGAUCAUCAAGGAGGAUCAUCAAGGAGGAUCAUCAAGGAGGAUCAUCAAGGAGGAUCAUCAAGGAUGGAUCAUGAAGGAGGAUCAUGA